GAUAAUAACAAAACAGUGAACAAAAUUGAUCAUGUACUGAAUUAACAAAAACUUGGUAUAAAACUUAUUUCUGUGUAAUAAACUAUCCACACAAUUUACUCCAUUCAUUAACAACAUUAUAAAAACAUCACCAUGGGUUUAUUAAACACUGGUGCAUUGGCGGGCAAAACAAUAUUUAUAACGGGUGGCAGUCGUGGUAUAGGGAAAGCCAUAGCCGUCAAAGUGGCCAAAGACGGGGCAAAUGUUGUGAUCGCCGCCAAAACAGCCGAAAAACAUCCCAAACUCGAGGGCACUAUCUAUUCGGCCGCCGAAGAGGUGGAGGCCGCGGGCGGCAAAUGCCUGCCAAUACAGUGCGACCUCCGGGACGAGGCGCAGGUGCGGGCGGCCAUCGACGCGGCUGUCAAACGGUUUGGCGGUUUGGACGCACUCGUCAACAACGCCAGUGCCAUCAGUCUUACCGGCACCGAAGCGACCACGAUGAAAAAGUACGACCUGAUGAACCAGAUCAACGCCAGGGGCACAUUCAUGGCCUCGAAAUACGCGGCGCCCCAUCUCCGCAAAUCGGCCACCGCUCACAUACUGACCCUCUCGCCACCCCUGCAGUUGGCCGGUAGCAAGUGGUUCGACGGCACAGCCGUGGCCUAUACCCUGGCCAAGUACGGUAUGUCGAUGUGCGCGCUCGGCAUGGCUCACGAGUUCAAGGCGGACGGCAUUCGGGUGAAUACCCUGUGGCCGCGCACUACCAUAUGGACGGCGGCGAUGGCAAUGGUAGCGCCCGGCGCCGACUCCGAUGGCCUGAGACGCCGCUGUCGUAAGGCUGACAUUCAGGCGGACGCCGCGUACGGUAUACUCUCGAAGACUGAUCGCGAGUUUACCGCUAACUUCCUAAUCGAUGAGGAGUUUUUGAGGGCUGAAGGGAUCACAGAUUUUGUACAAUACGCGGAGGACCCGGCUGUUGAGCCCAUGCUCAUAUACGAGGCAAUCCAGAGUAAAUAC